CAUUGCAACUUAACAGCUGUGCUAGGCAGAGAGGGAAAGCUAGAAAGAGCUUUGGAGUUUAGUCUUUCUCAAAUCUCAACAACUAAGCAGCAAAAAACCUCUGAGAGACUCAUCUGCCAUGGAUUCCUCUAAAGAACGCGACCACUUCGUCUAUGUCGCCAAGAUUGCCGAGCAAGCUGAACGCUACGACGAGAUGGUGGAUGCUAUGAAGAAUGUGGCGAAAAUGGAUGUGGAAUUGACUGUGGAAGAGAGGAAUUUGCUGUCUGUAGGGUACAAGAAUGUGGUGGGAUCAAGGAGGGCAUCAUGGAGGAUCUUGUCAUCCAUUGAGCAGAAGGAAGAGUCAAGAGGGAAUGAGCAGAAUGUGAAGAGGAUCAAGGAGUACAGGCAGAAGGUGGAGACUGAGCUCACCAAUAUAUGCAGUGAUAUCAUGACUGUGAUUGAUGAGCAUCUCAUCCCCUCAUCCAAUCCUGGAGAGUCAACUGUGUUUUACUACAAGAUGAAGGGGGACUAUUAUCGCUAUCUUGCUGAGUUCAAGGCUGGUAAUGACAAGAAAGAGGUUGCUGAUCUUUCAUUGAAAGCGUACGAGACUGCUACCACUACAGCAGAGGCUGAGUUACCGCCUACACAUCCCAUUCGAUUGGGUUUGGCUUUGAACUUCUCAGUUUUCUACUACGAGAUCAUUAAUUCUCCUGAAAGGGCAUGCCACCUUGCAAAGCAGGCUUUUGAUGAAGCAAUUGCAGAACUGGAUUCCCUGAAUGAGGACUCGUACAAGGAUAGCACCUUGAUUAUGCAGCUCCUAAGGGACAAUCUUACGUUAUGGACUGCUGAUAUACCCGAAGAUGCAGAAGAUGGCCAGAAGGGGGAUGCCACAAACAAACCCGGAGGGCCUGAUGAUGCCGAGUGAUUGAAGGAUCGAGCUGAUGAUUACAAACUCGUGUACGUGUAUUUGGAAUAGAGAGGAGACGAGGAUAAAGCCAUGGGGGAUGCAUGUUUGUCUUAUAAUUCAUCAUAUAGAUAUAGUUCCAUGAGUUCUUGUGUUACAGCGUACGUGUUAAAUGUAUCAAAGUUGGAUGUCAAGUAUUACGUUAUUUGCAUCCCCCGCUAUAUUUCCCUUCAUCAUUUUAGUGUAUACUUUAGUCUAUAUAGAUGAUUGCUUUGGCAUAUGGGUUGUUUUACUUUCCAGAUGACUGAUGCAUAGCCCAAAAUGAGAUUUUCAGUUGUUCUCCUAUUGCCUAA